AUGUCUUCUUCUUCUUCAUUUUCCUCUCCAUUUGUCAAAAUUUCAACAAAAAAUUCAAUUCAUUCAAUUAUUCUUUUUAUCGUUUUUUCCGGAAUUUUAUUAUUUACACCUUCAAUUAAUGCAAAACCUUUACUUUCUGUUGGACAAAAUAAUAAUCACAUUAACGAAGAAAAGAAAUUUAAUGACCCCCCAACUUUUCGUGGUUUUGCACCUCAAACACCUUUUCUGAUGCCAUAUGCUAGUGGAAAUGGAUUUGUUUCUCCCUUUCCUUCAGGAAUGGGUGAUCGAUGGGCCGGAUUCCUCGCAGACCAACAAUUCGGAGGGGGUGCAAUCAAACGAAAUUCUGAUGGCCACUUUAUGGAGCCAGCAGGAUGGUUAGCUCUUGAAGAGCCUGGACGUUUUGAAUGGAACUUUAAUAGGUAAAGAAAGGGAGGGGAGAGGGGGGGAGGAAUUAUUU